AUGUCAUUGGAGGAGCCCCAGGUUCCUGCUGUGGCAGAUGCCACCAGCCAAGCAGAGGGCCCCAGUGCCAUCGAGACCGCCCGGAAGUACGACUUGACGCCCAAGAUUAUGCCAUUCCUAGACCGUCACCUCAUAUUCCAUCUCCUUGCCUUCCUACGAGACCAGCAAUUUUAUCCAGCCGAAGAGCUACUGCAGAACACUUAUGACCUCCUCGAGCCGACAAACAUGACAGAUUACUUGAUGGAUUUAUGGAAACAAAUCCACGGCAAGGAGGAUAUAGAUAUACCCCGAGAAUUUCUAUUGAAGAGAGAAAAAGUCAUGCAAGAGUGGAGUGCGUUACAAGAUGAGACCACAAAGAUUACAGGGUUAUUAGAAAACCCCGAUGUCGUCUCCAAUUUCAGAUCAGACAAGAUGCAAAAUCUACAAUUCUUGAAAGAUAACCACGGUGUCACAGAUGACAUGAUUGAUGCUUUGCUGAGGUAUGGUCAGGCCGCCUAUAGCCGUGGAAGUUACGACCAAGCCUCCGAUAUCCUUUACUCGUUCAGAAUUUUGUCUACCGACAGCGACAAAGUCAACCAGGCAACCUGGGGAAAACUUGCUUGCGAAAUUUUGACGGUCAACUGGGAGGGUGCUAUGGAAGAGAUUCAAAAAAUCAAGGAGGCUAUUGACACAAAACCAUUCUUAAGUCCCACAGCCCAACUCCAACAGCGCACCUGGCUUAUUCACUGGGCUCUCUUCCCUCUGUUCAACCACGAAGCCGCGCGUGACACUAUCCUCGAACUCUUUUUCUCCCCUAAUUUCAUUAACACGAUUCAGACUUCGUGUCCUUGGGUUCUGCGUUAUCUUGUCGCCGCUGUUAUCACUAGUAAGAAAAACAGUGGAAGCUCUAGGGCAGCCGCUAUCCAACAGAAACAGUUCAAAGACCUUGUCCGUGUUGUUAGGCAGGAGCUCUACGAGUACAGCGACCCGAUCACCGAGUUUAUCGCCGCUUUACAUCUCGACUUUGACUUCGAGGAGGCACAGAAGAAGCUCGGUGAAGCAGAGGAGGUUAUCCGGAGUGACUUCUUCUUACAGGUUUUCUGUGCGACAGAACAGUCCGAGGGUGUUGAAUCGAAGAAUGCUUUCGUUGAGUCCGCGAGACAUCUUAUCAGUGAGGCCUACUGCCGGAUACACCAGAGAAUUGACAUCACCGACCUUUCCCAACGCUUGAAUUUAUCCCAAGAAGACGGAGAGAAGUGGAUCGUCAACCUCAUCAAGGAUACAAGAGUGGACGCUAAAAUUGACUACAAGAAUGGAACCGUUAUCAUGAACCAUCCACCUCAGUCAGUCUACCAACAAGUUAUCGAGAAGACCAAAGGUGGCUUUUUCCGUACACAAGUACUCCAUGCUGCGGUGACCAGAUGA